AUGGGGCAUCGGGGGCACGGGGCAUGGCAAGAGUUGAAGCCGACGUUGAAACGGUUCUGGGAAACAGUGACGGUGGCCCCAGCCGCGGUCGACCCGAAGCCCGACGCGGGACAUCCAGCGGCCGAGCCAUUGCAGGAUAGCGAGGGUGGCUCGCCCUCCGAGGGCAGCGGCAUCAUCUCGACCUUCGCGGCUUUCAACGUGCAGUUCACGCAGUUGCACAAGAUGUGCACCGCCAGGCUCGUCGACUUCUCCACCUCGUUUUGGUCGGCGCUGGUGUCCGAGACCGUGCAGAAGAUCGUCGAGCUCGAAGGCUUAUCUGGUGGCGUUACCAACGGAUCGUCGAAAUAUUGGGCCGAUGACGCCGAUGACCCCAACACGUUCGACGGGAUCCAGGCUCACUUUGCCAAGACGCUGGCCAAGCAGCGUGGCAUCUCGGGGAAGGUCAAGAGCCUCGUGGCCGCCAUCCAGGGCAAGCUGAACUCUAUCAAGGAGGAGGCCGCCGAACACGGCAUGGAGGCGAACCGAGCUGAGCUCGCCGAGCGGUUCGAAAAAGCAAAUCGCCGCUCGUCCUCGAUGCUUUGGGAGGCACGAGCAAUGCAGACAAUCAAGAACCUCAAGGCAAGUGAGGCGGUGGAGAGCCUGACCAACAUGAGGGACACGUUGCACGACGCUUCGGAGUUCGGCGAGACGGACGUGAACAAGCUGGUGUCCGACAAGAUCAGCGAGCUGCUCGCGGCCGCCCUGAGCAAGGCCAAGUAG